AUGUCUAACAAUGCUCAUUCUUUUAAACGUAAAACCAAUCAGGUUGACAAUUCUGAGCCAUCAGCGGCUAAAAAAAUUAACUUUAGCGAUAAUUCUCUAGACGAUGAUCAAGUUCAAUUUCAGAAUAAUCGUAAAUCUGACGUAGAAGUAUCUGAAGUCAUCCAACUCCAAGAUGAUGACAUUAGUACGAAGAUUUCGCCGACUAUUUUUAGUGUUAAUGAAAAGAAGAAGUCAAACUCUGACUCUUUAGAAAUUGUAGACGUCGAAAGUGGAUUAAAUAAUAAAGGAAGUCUCCCAUCAUCCUCCGAAGCUAAGACCUCCUCUUCUUCUGACAUUGGUAGACCACUACAAACUCAAACUUCUCCAAAUCAGUUCGUAACAAAACAUGACUUGAGUGCAGCUUUAGCGGAGAUGAAAAGUUUUCUUACUAAUAGUCAACGAAAAAAAGAUCAUAAAUGUCAAGCAAGUACUAGUAAGCCCGAAGAAGUUGAAAAUAUGGAUCCUGAUUUAGAAAUAGGAAAAAAUGGAAGUAAAAUUUACGUAACCAGAGAGCAGUGGGAUUGCAUAAAAUCAAAAACUACAUUUACAUCGAUAGGAAUUGCCUUAGUUGUGGCAUUAUUUGAAAAGGAAACACUACUUAAUAGCAACUACAAGGGUGGUAAGUCAAAAAUAAAAAAGCCCGAAGGUAAGAGUAUUCACUAUAAUGCGUUAGAUUCAACAAUUAUUGAAGUGAUAAAAGGUAAACGUUAAAUAAUUAUUUGAUAGUUAACUAAUCAAUAUUGUGGCUUAUAUCAAACAUAUUUUUAUAGUAACUGUCAAAGCUCGAUUUAAAAGUAGUUUCAACGAAGGUGAAUUCGGUGCAGCUAUAAACACAAAAUUAGCUUCAUUGAGAACCGAAAAUCGUCGUCAUACUGAAAAAAACCAAGGAAAAGCCGAAUGAAGAUACUAAUAAUAAAAAUUGAUAAGGCUUUUUUUUAAUUACUAACGAGUGUUAUAAUAUUUUUUUUUCU